UAAAACUCGCACAAACAAACAUAAGGUGAUCAGCAAUGGUGCUUUAAACGCCCCUGCGGCGGAUUUACUGGAAUACAGACGUUAAUUAUUCAUAUUCAUUUAAUUUAACGGUUGACUGACAGAAUCGAGUUAGAGGUGCCGGAACCGGUCCGUUUUUCCGUUAAAAUGCCGAGCAAAAAGAAGAAAUAUAACUCCAGAUUCCCUCCGGCCAGAAUUAAGAAGAUUAUGCAGACAGAUGAAGAAAUCGGUAAAGUCGCAGCUGCAGUUCCUGUGAUCAUCUCGCGUGCACUGGAGCUCUUCCUGGAGUCUCUCCUGACAAAGGCCUGUCACAUCACCCAAUCGCGCAAUGCCAAAACAAUGACGACAUCACACUUAAAGCAAUGCAUUGAACUGGAGCAGCAGUUUGAUUUCCUGAAGGAUCUAGUGGCCGCGGUUCCUGACAUGCAGGGUGACGGCGAGGAGAACCACACAGAGGGUGGAGAGAAAAUCUCACGCAGAGGCCGUAAGCCGGGCUCGGGGCGCAAGAAUGGUGGUGCGGGGGCAAAGGGCAAAGACAAGAAACUCUCAGGCACAGAGUCCGAACAAGAGGAUGAUUCAGAGGACAGUGAGACUGAUGGAGAAGAUGACGAGGAUGUGUCUCAAUCCAGCACAAACAUGCAGCCUGCGUACUACAACAGUAAAGACAUGCCACCCCAGUACAUGCCCAUGAGUGGCCAGCAGGGCGGGCACAUGAUGCCCAUGACCUCAUUCGCCCCCCACCCAUCACUGAUGGGUAUGGCCCCGCCUCCCCCCGCCCCCAUGCCGCAGAAGAACGAAGACGACGAAGACUACGACUCGUAGCUCCUCGACUCUUUUCUGUUGAUUUUCUGAAGUUCUUCAUUGGCUGGAAUUAUAAACGGGACAAACGAACAGUCAUAAAUCGCUGCGAGUGUAGGAAUCAUGCAGCCGCGUCACAGGAAGAUGAAUUGGUUCUGUUUUAAUUUUUAUCUUAUUUUAUUGUCAAUGAUCAGCCAUGGUUGUUUUACAUAAAGUCUGCUUUUUUGGAAAAGGACACCUAAGUGGCAUUUCUGCACUUAGUUUUGUGUUGUUCGUUUUUCUGCCUUUGCCUCCGCAAAGCACCGGUUCUAAUCGCCCGCGUUAUGUCCUCAGUGUUUUUCAGAGCAACUCUAAAUACAAUACUCACACAAAGAAAGGACAUUGAGUCAUUUUGAGAAUUAAUUUUCUUUGGUUUUUGCAGAAAAUGCUUCAGAUCUGGUCGUUCGGAUCAUUGAAUUGUUUUGCGAUAGGGAACAGCAUAAAGACUGCAAACAGUUUUGUUAUUUUGUUUUUUAAUGCUAGUUUUAUAUGAUUAAACUCCAGUAAACCUGUCUAAAGCUAAUGUCUCUUGAUCGGCACCUUCAUGCAGUCUUUACAAGGCACAAACUCUGUUUCUCUCUUCUGUUAAUUGGAUGAUAUUGUCUUGAUUAAUUCAUCCCGCUGGGUCAUGGGUGAGCGUUUUAAAGGUUUAAAACACAUUUGCUUUGAGUCAUAAUUUCCCCUGUAUGAUGCACAUUUGUAUAAAUUAUUCCCUUUUUGUUUUAUAUCUUUUAGACUCUUUUAAUGUUUGCUGUGAAGUUGAAGAGAAGUUUGACAGCUCGAUUUCUCUUGUCUAAAUGUGUACACUGAGACUGUCUGUUCACUUUUAACAUUCUCUUGAUUUUGUACGAGUGAAAUAAAA